GACGCAGGGAUGUAUCCAGCUUCCGGGUUGGGGUUUGAUGCAAUCAGCUGAAAGUGAAGCUCUCGAGUAAAUGAGUCGAGCCGAAGGAUUGGAGCCAGUGGGCGGAAUUCAUCUCUGUUCCUCCGUGCGAGGUUUUGUUGAAUGAAACGUUUAAGGAGUGUGUUUGUUUAUUUGCUUUCUGCAGCCUAUCCUGAGUCCACUCUUGUUCUCUGAGUUGAGGACAGCAUGGCCAGCGCCUCUCCUCCUCCAUCUCAGCCCCAGCCUCAGCCCCAGCCAUCGAGCUCCUCAGCCACAGACAGCACAGGGACCGGCUCCAGUACCCAAACGCAGGGAGAGACCGGCAGCCAGGACAGCACGUUUGAGUGCAACAUCUGCUUGGACACUUCCAAGGACGCAGUAAUAAGCUUAUGUGGCCAUCUCUUUUGCUGGCCCUGCUUGCAUCAGUGGUUGGAAACGAGGCCGAACAGACAGGUGUGUCCGGUAUGUAAAGCAGGCAUCAGCAGAGAUAAAGUGAUCCCGCUGUAUGGGCGAGGCAGCACGGGUCAGCAGGAUCCCAGAGAGAGAACUCCUCCCAGACCACAAGGCCAGAGACCUGAGCCUGAAAAUCGUGGCGGGUUUCAAGGAUUCGGUUUUGGAGAUGGCGGCUUCCAGAUGUCCUUUGGUAUUGGAGCGUUUCCUUUUGGAAUUUUUGCCACAGCAUUCAACAUCAACGAUGGAAGACCACCUCCAGUCUGCAGGCAUGAUCUGAAGAAGCAGCUCCUGGAACGCCACAGCACAUGGACGAGCAGUUCCUGUCCCGCCUCUUCCUGUUUGUGGCACUCGUCAUCAUGUUUUGGCUUCUCAUCGCAUAAACAAUUAGAAACUUGUCAGGAUGUAAUAACAGUCCCUUCUUUAUGGAACUGAUGGUUAAGCCACAGACAGUGAUUACUGAAGUUUCACUAAUGGAAACGUUUCUUUUUUUCCCCAUUACACCGUUGGACCUGCACUUGGUUUUAAAUGGUGAUUUGUAUGUUUUGAAGGAUGUGCAUGGUGGCGUGCAUUGUGACAUGACUGCAUGUCUGCUGUGAUUUUGAUACUGUAAAGGUCAUUUCUUGGAAAGUUGUUCUGCCCUUUUUGAUUUUCCCCUGCUCAGAUGUGUACAUUUUAAAUAAAAAUCAGAGUCUUAUUUCUCUUAA